AGCGGCCGGCUCCGCGCGGCGCCCUCGCCUCGGCCGCGGCUCGACUUGCGCCACACAAGCGCCCCCGCCCCGCCCGCGUCAGCCGCUCGCUCGCUCGCUGCGCGUCUGAGACUGAGGCGGCGGCGGCGGCGGCGUCUCGCCGGGCGGCAGCACCAAGGACGGAGGCUGCAAGGCGAGCCCCUCCGGACGAGGCUGAGGGAGGCGGCCGGAGCCAGGGAACCGCAGCGCGAAGACGCCCAGGGAGGAGUCCGGACCCGCGCCCGCCUCUCUGCGCCCGCGCCCAGGCGGAGGGGAGGCCAGGGCGGCGGCGGCGGCGGCGGCCCGUCCACCCGCUCAUCUUCGUGGAGCAGCCGAGGGUGGGAGCGAGCAGCCCCGAGGAGAGCCGCCGCUGACGGGAAACGAAGGGCAGCUGCUCCUCGGGCUAUGCGCGCAAAGGGACUGUGGCCUGAUAGAGUGGUUCCCUUGGAUGUGAAUGAAGCGUGCCCUGCUCUUCUGGGAUGCCUUAGGUGAUGCCACGCUCUUCUGCGAUGGCAAUUGGGGCUCUCUCUGGCUCUCUCCUUGUGACUUGCUUCUUGAUGGUUGCUCUCUGUUCCACUGCAUCUUUCCCAAAACUGGCAAAAAUUCAAGACAAGCAGGAGAUGAGACCAAGCCAAGAAAAGCGGGAUCACACAUCAGCCCGGGAGAGCCAGAAUCAGACAAGACCUGGGAAAAUGAACGAAAUGGGCAGGAGUGGGAGGGAAGAGGGCACCAGAGACUGGAAAAGCAAGGGCAGCAGAAAUUAUUCCAACAAGGAAUCUUGGACUAAGCAAAAACAAGCUUUGAGUAGCCAGACAACAAGUGGCAAGUUUGGGAGUCUCCAAGCCCAAGGGCAAACGGAAGUUGUUCAGGAAGAGUUUCCAGCUGCUGAAGAGUCUUCCUUUUUGGAUGUUGCUGGUGGUACCCCUGAGCCUCCAGAGGAAUAUGCUUAUCCAGAUUACCGUGGGAAAGGCUGUGUGGACGAAAGUGGCUUUGUUUAUGCGAUUGGGGAGAAGUUUACUCCAGGUCCCUCUACAUGCCCGUGCCUUUGCACUGAAGAGGGCCCUCUGUGUAUUCAGCCCGAGUGCCCUGGACUCCACCCUCGCUGUAUUCACGUGGACACUAGCCAGUGUUGCCCGCAGUGCAAAGAGAGGAAAAACUACUGUGAGUUCCGGGGCAAAACCUACCGAACACUGGAAGAAUUCACGGUUUCGCCUUGUGAAAAAUGCCGCUGUGAAGCCAAUGGCGAAGUAGUGUGUACAUUGUCUGCAUGUCCUCAGACGGACUGCGUGGAUCCCGAAUAUGAGCCAGAUCAGUGCUGUCCUAUCUGCAAAAAUGGGCCCAACUGCUUUGCAGAGACUACGGUCAUUCCUGCAGGUCGAGAGGUAAAGACGGACGACUGCACUAUAUGCCACUGUACCUAUGAAGAAGUGACUUGGCGAAUUGAACGACAGGCGAUGUGUACCAGACAUGACUGCAAGCAGAUCUAGAUCCACAAACCCAAUGCCUCAAGAUGUUUUUAUAAAAAUACUUCCAUGCUCCAAAUGAUAUUUGAGUGAACCGAGAAACAUCUUCAAAAGAACUAUUGCUUUGCUUGAGGACAAAGGAGCCUGCUGGUAUUUUCUUUUUCCACAGUAGAACAGUAUUUGAGCAAAAGAAGGUUUGGACUUGAUUGUUCACAUCUUAUUAAAUGUGUUAUAUUUCCAAGGUGAGUACUGUAAAUUACAUGAAAAGAUUAUAUUAUUUCUAUAAUCCUAUUAUAGAGUUUAAAAUAAAUGUUUUAUAUAGUUGAGAAAUUAAAUAAAUGUUGGGAGAGAUAAAUGAUUGUCUUCUUGCAUACCUGGUCUUGACUAACAGAAAACAUUACUUUGUGAUAAAAGCUGGUUUUUUUGGGAGGGGGGGGGGAAGGACCAAAAGGCAGGCAAAUGAUAAAUCUGAAAAAGAUAAGAAAUUGACGGAGGUCUACUCUGAAAAGUUUACAACAGGUUCAGUCCUAGCCUCGGGGGUUUUUGUUGCUGACUUCAGUGAGUUUCAGGGUGCAAAAUGUGAGCCAGCUUUUCUUUUCUUGGAUGUGGGACAAUAAUGAUUACACUAGCAGUAAUAUAUUUUGGCUGGCCAGAAUUGGGUUACUCUGUGACCUGGCUUGAUAUCUUGACAAAUUCUACAUAUAUUAGUCUUUACACACUUUCUUGAGAGUAAAACUUGAAGAUAGACUUACUAGAUAUGGCACUGUAGUCUAAACCGCUGAGCCUAGGGCUUGCAGAUCAGAAGGUCGGCGGUUUGAAUCUCUGCGACGGGGUGAGCUCCCAUUGUUCAGUCCCUGCUCCUGCCAACUUAGCAGUUCGAAAGCAUGUCAAAGUGCAAGUAAAUAGGUACCGUUCCGGCGGGAAGGUAAACGGUAUUUUCAUGCACUGCUCUGGUUUCGCCAGAAGCGGCUUAAUCGUGCUGACCACAUUACCCGGAAAAACUGUCUGCAGACAAACGCCGGCUCCCUCGGCCUAUAGAGUGAGAUGAGCGCCGCAACCCCAGUCGUUCACGACUGGACUUAACUGUCAGGGGUCCCUUUACCUUUAGAUAUGUACAGAAUUGUACUGUUAGCCUUUACCAAAAAUAUUCAUCAGUGUAAAAAACCAAUUAGAGGAUUGUCUUUAUAUAUUUCUAGGCCUCCAGAAGGAAUUCUAAUACACAAAUUCCUUUUUGAAAAAACCAUGCACUGAUAGUGAGAAUAGGAAGCAUAUUAUAUUUUUGUAGCUAUCACUGCCCAAUUGUCCCCAGGGAAUGUGUUGCACCUCAAAUCUCUCAAUGGCCCCCCAUAUCCAAGUAAUAGAAAUGUGAAUAAAUUUGUUGAAAUGUGUAGCAAUAGCAGUCUAUGCUAUCAUCGUUUUACAGUACUUUUGGGAAACACGCUAGAUAAUCAUGUAGGAAUCUACACUUUCAAGAGGAAAUAAUGAAGUAUUUAGUUGCAACAAAUAAAACCAUAUCACCAAAGCUAAUGGGGGUAAGUUUGCUAUUUGGAAGUAUCAUAUAUCAUCCCUAACUUUAGACUAUAGACUGUUUUUUAAAAAUAAAAUAAAAAAAAAUACUCUCUUGCAAUUAUUGUUUUUGAAAAAGAAUUGGGGUGCAGAGCUGUAAUAUAUUGUAAGAUAUUUGUUGUCAGCCAUUUAAGCUGCCAUCUUGUACCUGCUUAUAUGUAUCUUAUGUUGCAGUCCUAUGGCCUGGGUCUAAGUUCCAUUAAACUCAAAACUUGGUUUUCAGUAGGAAUGCCUAGGGUCGCACUGCUGUCCCACUGACAUUAAUGAAGCUUUUGAAAUGCAACAGAGGUUUGCAUUUUUAGACAUCAGUUUUAAACUGGGCAGUAAGCCAAAACAAGCAUUUAAUUGGUCAAUAAAAUUUUAUCCUUCAAAUCAUUGAGUGCAGAGUAUAGCAAAAGCAUCAGAAUGCCACAAGAUAAGCUUGCUAUGUUGAGCACACAAUUUGGGCACAUGAGAGCAUUAUAGGGCAAGUCAUGGUGUUCCAUGGAAAAAAUGUACAUUCAAUAGAACAGAACUUCAUGUGGAAGUGUGAGAGUUGACUGGAUUGAGCAGUCAGCUAGUCUUACAUGCACGUGUUGCAGAAUAUCUCCUAAAACAUAAAUGUUAACAUGCGUACGUACCCCCUUUUCUUAACACUGUUGUGGCAAUGACCUCAGUAGGAUGCUCUUUUAAAAAUUAUAAAUUGGAAAGCUUUUCACGUCACAGUGCUGAAGAUAAAAUGUUUUUAUUGAACUCUAGCUUUUUUAUAUAGAACUAGCUGACCCGGCCACGCAUUGCUGUGGGUUUUGAGAAAUGCUGGAGGGAAUCGACC